GGCGCGCCGGGGCCGGGAACACGCAACGGGCGGCGUCGGGAGGUCGGUGCGCCGGAUUGUGGCUUUUGGGGGAAAGAGUGGUCGUCUAAGGUACAGGGCUCAGGCCUGCACCACCCCAGUUCCCCCGAAACACAAGCCAGGGAGGUUUGUUCUGGCGAGGGCGGGGCAAACUCGCCCCCCUCCCCGUCCGCCCCCCGAAAUCCCUGCUAAGUCUUACCAGCAGUGUCUGGUUCGAGAUGGGGUCCCAGGUCUCGAUGAACGUGGGAGCUGUGCACGUGGUGAUCGUGGGCGGGGGCUUCGGCGGGAUCGCGGCCGCCAGCAAGCUGCAGGCACUCAGCAUCCCCUUCGUGCUGGUGGAUAUGAAGGACUCCUUCCAUCACAACGUGGCAGCCCUUCGGGCCUCCGUGGAGAGUGGGUUUGCCAAAAAGACAUUCAUUUCCUACUCGGUGACCUUCGGGGAGAGCUUCCGGCAGGGCCUGGUGGUUGAGAUAGACCUGAAGAAUCAGAAGGUGCUGCUCGAGGAUGGGGAGGCCCUGCCCUUCUCGCAUCUUAUCCUGGCCACGGGUAGCACAGGGCUCUUCCCUGGCAAGUUUAACCAGGUUUCCAGCCAGCAAGUUGCCAUCCAGCUCUACGAGGACAUGGUGAGGCAGGUCCAGCGCGCACAGUCCAUCGUGGUGGUGGGAGGAGGCUCUGCGGGAGUGGAGAUGGCGGCGGAGGUUAAGACAGAUUACCCCGAGAAGGAGGUCACUCUCAUUCACUCCCAAAUGGCCCUCGCUGACAAGGAGCUCCUGCCCUGUGUCCGGCAGGAAGCGAAGGAGAUCCUGCUCCGGAAAGGCGUGCAGCUGCUGCUGAGUGAGCGGGUGAGUAACCUGGAGGAGCUGCCUCUCAAUGAGUGUCGAGAGUGCAUCAAAGUGCAAACGGACAAAGGCACGGAGGUGGCCACCAACCUGGUGAUUGUCUGCAAUGGGAUCAAGAUCAACAGCUCUGCCUACCGCAGCACGUUUGAGGGCCGCCUGGCCAGCAAUGGUGCUCUGAGAGUGAACCAGUAUCUCCAGGUGGAGGGCUACAGCCACAUCUACGCCAUCGGCGACUGCGCUGACGUGAAGGAGCCCAAGAUGGCCUAUCAUGCCAGCCUCCACGCCAAUGUGGCCGUGACCAACAUUCUCAACUCCACGCAGCAGAGGCCCCUCAAGGCCUACACGCCAGGCUCGCUGACGUUCCUGCUGGCCCUGGGGAGAAAUGACGGCGUGGGCCAGAUCAGCGGCUUCUACGUGGGGCGGCUCAUGGUUCGGCUGGCCAAGAGCCGGGACCUGUUGAUCUCCACAAGCUGGAAAGCCAUGCGGCAGUCUCCACCCUGACGGGCGGCCGGGCGGGAGAUGAGAUCCUGGUUAUAUACUAGAGGUUACAUAUAAGAAGAAAGAGGCAGAUAAAGUUUCCCUCCUGGUUAGUCCAUCCUACCAGAGAGUGAGUUUUUACAAAGCCUGGCCUGCCCAGCCGCUGGAGGUGUCCGAGGAAAGGCAGCUGAGCUAAUGUGGCUCUCGGGUGGGUUGCCAUCUGGCUGACAUUCAGGGAGCAGAGCGAGGUUCUGCGGGUGAACCUGUGUGCGUCCAGGCUGCUGUCAUGGGCAAGUCUGUAAGGGACAAAACUCGAGCUGGGGGCAGGGGACCCUGUGGGAACCUUUGUGGUUUUGUGCUUGUGGUUUCCUGGCCAACCCCAGUGUCACUUAUCUGGAGGCCCAGCCAUGUGGCAAUAAAGCUGGCCACCAGCUGUGUUAAGACGUAUAAAUGACCCCUCUACUUGGGAGAGACUUCCAGUCGGGAGGAGCCUGUUGUGGACCACAUAGGUUAAAUAUAGCCGAAGUGGUUGAUGAGUUCAUGUGAAUAAAUUCAGGCCCUGACCUGCCCACCCUGCCCCCUUGUGAGGUGCUUGGCCAGAGUCCUCAGAUACCAGCCGCACUAGGGUUCUCAGUCUGUCCCGUCUGGGCCGUGGCCCAGGUCUGUUCCGUUUUGUUGCCCAGGCCUCCGUGAGACAUGUGCCUCUCUCCUGAAGGAUGGCUACCCCACUGGAGGCUUCACCAGGGCCCCGUUCCUGUGGACCAAGGUCAACCAGGCUCCCCUUCUGGAAGCAGGACCUGCCGCCUGAGAAACACAGGCCAUUCUGGUGCUGUCUGACCUGGGGCCUAGCAUGGUGGGAGUCGCAGCCCAUUAAUGACAGGCUUGGUUCUAUUUAUAACAUUCUAGAAGUGUCUACCCCUGGGGACACAGUUUUCCAAACCGAGGAAAAUGUUACAAUAAAAGAAUAUAUUGUAAGAAAGA